AUGCAGCCAAAAGCAACACCGCAAGGAGAAUUUGAGUCCUUACAUCCUGACUUGAAAAUUGCAUUUUGGAACUGGGAAUUCGAUCCCAAGGAUCUUGAAAAUCCUUUUCCUAAUAAUGAAGGCUCAGUUCAUCCAUGGCAGGGUAAUCAAGAUACUAAGAUUAAGGUGGUCUUGUUUCUUGGUUUGGCGGUAGGGGCAUAUUGGGCCACCCAACCUCCACCUCCAAAGAUUUGUGGUACCCCAGGUGGUCCUCCCAUUACAGCACCCAGAAUCAAGCUGAGGGAUGGGAGGUAUUUGGCCUACAAGGAGAAUGGUGUGUCUAGAGAAACUGCCAAAGCGAAGACAAUACUUGUUCAUGGCUUUGGCUCUACGAAACAUGACACAAUAAGCAUGACAGACUCCGUUCUGGAUGUUGUUGAGGAACUGGGGUUGUACUUUGUGUCCUUUGACCGGCCGGGUUAUGGAGAAAGCGAUCCAGAUCCCAAGCGAACUCCAAAAAGUAUAGCUUUAGAUAUAGAAGAGCUUGCUGAUCAUUUAGGACUUGGAUCCAAAUUUUAUGUGAUGGGGUUUUCCAUGGGAGGCCAGUGGUUUGGGGCUGCCUCAAAUACAUUCCUCACAGGUGAGACUGUUUUUGGUGCCCGUGCUUACAGGCUAGCCGGCGCAACGCUAGUUGCUCCUGCUGUCAACUUCUGGUGGCCUGGCUUUCCUGCCAACUUAUCAACAGAAGUCUACUACCGACAGAUGCCACAAGAACAAUGGGCAUUACGUGUUGCUCACUAUACUCCAUGGCUCAUCUACUGGUGGAACACUCAGAAGUGGUUUCCUGCAUCAGCAUCUAUAGCCAUGAAGCCUGAAAUUUUUUCUCGUCAGGAUUUACAACUCCUUUCCUUGCUUACUGCAGAAACCAGGCCACAACCAACUCUACAAGGAGAAUUUGAAUCCUUACAUCGAGACUUGAUGGUUGUAUUUGGGAAGUGGGAAUUUGAUCCCAUGGAUCUUGAAAAUCCUUUCCCGAACAAUGAAGGAUCGGUUCAUAUAUGGCAGGGUGAUGAAGAUGUAUUGGUGCCUGCUAGCUUGCAGCGAUAUAUAGCCCAAAAACUUCCAUGGAUUAACUACCAUGAGUUGCCUGGUGCUGGACAUUUGUUCUCCUGUAUCCCAGAGAAAUUCAAAGAAAUUGUAAAGGCUCCUUUUCUCGAAAAGAACUGA